AUGGUUCACCCCUUGAGGCGAGGUGCCAGGACUCUCACAUGGACGAGAGUCCUUCCGCGCCGAACGCGACAGGGUGCGUCAUUGCUUCGCGGAGUGCAAGCAAGAUACGUUCAGAUCCGUUCUACGCCCACAGAGCGACCAGCGGCUGUCAGUGGGAGCAAUCUGCCCAUUGUUGACACCCCUAGCUCCGCGGAGUCUGCCGAUGCGCGUUUCGAUGUCAUUGGAGCACCGUAUUCGCUACUAUCCGUUUCUCUUUCGGCGUCACAGAAUCUCUACACACGGCGGGGAACUUUAGUGGGACUGAGUGGGAAAGCAGACAAUGUGAUCUCAACAUUGAGCGUCCUCGAGCCUUUCCAGCGAGCCCCUGUCGGCGUACCAUUCCUAUAUCAGAAGAUUUCGUCCGCUAGCCCUAUCACUGCUUUGAUUUCGACCCGAUCUCCGGUUACGUCGUUCGCCGUUGUUCACCUCAAUGGCUCUGUGGAUUGGAUGGUGGCCCAGAGACGCGCUUUACUGGCAUGGAGUGGUCGCGCGCUGACUAUUCGGCCUAAAAUCAACACAGACUUGAGUCUGGCUCACUGGGGUAGCUCCGAGGUCACUGGCAGAGGCUUAUUAGCGCUUGUUGGUAACGGCCAACUGUACUCGGUCGAGCUGAAAGCUGGGGAGCAAUACAUUGUCCACCCUAGCAAUGUCGUUGCAUACGCCAUGAGCUCAAACCCCCCUCGCCCAUACCGCUUCAAAUCAACAACCCUAAAAUUCCAGGUCCCUGGCCUCAAAAGCCUGCCCACUAUCCUCCAAAACACCAAAUUCAUCCAAGCCAUGUCGGAUACAGAUACGUGGAAGACGGCCAUGAAAAUCUUUCAUCAACUCCGUACGUGGUCUCGGAUGACCAUUUGGGGGGACAGAUUAUUUCUGCAAUUCGACGGACCAUCGACUAUCCUUCUGCAAUCCCGGGGAGCUCGAAUUAACGAGGUUCUGACAACCCACGAAGUCAACGAACUCGCCAGCGCACCCCGAGGGCUGACAAUCCUCCCCGCAGGAAAGUACCAACCUGAAGAAACGGCCCCGAAGAGAGUACCUGGCUCAAGAACAGUCGAGGAAAUCGAAGCUGAAAUUCAAGGCGUCAGUCAAAAAAUUGCGGUUUUGACAAAAGAAGGAAAGGUAAUAUUUGAGAAGCCUGGGCAAUAG